AUGGUUUUGAAGGCCUACGUUUGUCCGUCGAUUUUGAACGCAGAUUUGGCUUCGCUGGCCGCUGAAUGCCAGAAGUUAUUGGCAGCUGGAGCGGAUUGGUGGGUUUUUGAUGGAAAAUCGGAUUUUUUUGACACCGGAAUCGUGGAGUGUCGUUUAAACCGUGAAAAAUGAGCCAUUUUGAGUGAAUCUAGUGAUUUUCAACGAUGCUCCGCGUUUACGCCUUUGAAAAUGAUGAAUUUUCAUGAAUUUUGACUCCGUAAACGUGGAGUAUCGUAGUUUAAACGAUACUCCACGUUUACGCCUUUAAAAAUGAUGAAUUUUCAUGAAUUUUGACCUCGUAAACGUGGAGCAUCGUAGUUUAAACGAUGCUCCGCGUUUACGCCUUUAAAAAUGAUGAUUUUUCAUGAAUUUUGACCCCGUAAACGUGGAGCAUCGUAGUUUAAACGAUACUCCACGUUUACGCGGUCAAAAAUGAGCCAUUUUGAGUGAAUUUUGACCCCAUAAACGUGGAGUAUCGUAGUUUAAACGAUACUCCGCGAUUCCGCGCUCAUUUUUCACCAUUUUUCCACCAAAAUUCGAAAUUUUCCGAUUUCCAGGCUUCAUCUCGAUGUCAUGGAUGGUCACUUCGUUCCGAAUCUCACCUUCGGACAUCCAGUCGUCGAAUCACUUCGAAAAUCCCUGGGAACAUCGGCAUUUUUGGAUGUUCAUCUGAUGGUUUCCAAUCCGGCUCAAUGGAUCGAGCCGAUGGCGAAAGCCGGUGCAAAUCAGUUCACUUUUCAUUAUGAGGCUGUUCAGGAUUGCGAAGUUUUGGGGAUUAUUGAGAAGGUGCGUGAAAUUUAAGCCCCGGAAUCGUGGAGUAUCGUUUGAAACUCUUUUAAACGACACUCCCCUUUUACACCUCUCAAAAAUCAUGAUUUCUCAUCAUUUUUCCGUCAGUGUAAACGCGGAGCAUCGUUGCUUACCGAAAAAAUCGCUUUUAAACGACACUCCGCUUUUACACCUCUCAAAAAUCAUCAUUUUUCCGUCAGUGUAAACGCGUACUAUCGUUGCUUCCCUCAAAAAUCGCUUUUAAACGACACUCCGCUUUUACACCUCUCAAAAAUCAUGAUUUCUCAUCAUCUUUCCGUCAGUGUAAACGCGGAGCAUCGUUGUUUUUGCUCAAUUUUCACGAUUUUUGGCUCAUUUUCCACCAUUUUUCGCCGCGUUAACGCGAAGCAUCGUAGUUUUCUUGCAGAUUCGUGAAAAUGGAAUGAAAGUGGGACUUUCGGUAAAGCCUGGAACAUCUGUCGACAAUAUUUUGAGGUAGAUCUUGAAUUUUCAGAUUUUCCCAGAAAAAAUCUGAAAAUUUUUCAGAUUCGCCGAAAAAAUCGAUAAUGCUUUGGUGAUGACUGUCGAACCGGGUUUUGGCGGUCAAAAAUUCAUGGAAAAUCAGAUGGAAAAGGUACUGUAGGGAUACUGUAGGGAAUUUUGGCGCGAAAAUUUGAUCUACCCUCAAAAUUUCGCGUUUUCGCCCUAAAAUAACCAUAUUUGGUCUCAAAACGCUCCAAAUUUGGCGGGAAAUUUGAAAAAUUCAAAUUCAGGUUCAAAAAUUACGCCAAUCACAUCCGAAUCUCACAAUUCAAGUGGAUGGUGGUGUGACACCGGAAAAUGUGGAAAUUUCAGCAAAAGCUGGCGCUAAUGCGAUUGUCAGUGGAACUGGAAUCAUCAAAUCGCAAGAUCAGGCGAAAGCUAUCGAAAUUAUUCGAAAUGCCGUGCAAAAUGCGAUUUCCGCCUGA